AUGGCCAUAGAGACCGAUGGCGAGGCUAAGGCUGCGCCAGUCGAUAAGUCCAAAGUAGUGUGCUACCAAUGCAACCGCACCGGUCACUAUGCCUCAGACCCCAAGUGUUCAAUGGCUAACAAGCAGUCCCUAAGAUGCCUCGACGUCAUGAACAAAGGCAAUGAGGAAGCAGGCCAGGCUACUGGCUCUCUUCCUCAUAAUGAACAAGACAAGAACGCUGAAGUGUCAGACGAAGGACACCUGGAAGCAGGUGCCUCUCUCAACUAUGCUUCAGAUAAUGGACGCUCGUCCAGAGUAAUAGGUUCCCAAUAUGAGUCUGAAUCGGAGGAGAAUAUACCUUCCUUCAAGUCUGAAUCUGUAUACAAGUUCAACACAAUAAACAUUGCAGACUGGCAGCGUCCUACUCAUAACGAUGGUGCCGGACCUUCUAAGCAGCCGACAGUUGUGCUCGAUAAUGAACCAGUUCGCACGCAGGAUCCAGAGGCUAUGAUUAGUCCGGAUUCUCCUACGCUACCCGCCAACAUGGUAGAUCCUGACACUCUGUCCCAUGUAACGUUUAACCAGGCAAUAAACACGGCUGGUUAUACGCCUAUUCACUGGAACAAAGAGCAGAAUGAGAUUAUGGGGACGGUCAAUCUGGAAGACGUGCUGGCCCUCUCUGACCUUAUGGCCCACGACCAAUUUGUCGAGCAUAUUUGA